CGCACAAUAGCAAUGAACUUGGCAUUCUCUCACAGGUGUUUCUCCAGUGCACGCCAUUGAAAGGCCUUCGUGCAUCUCUGCGUUGCACGUUGUGUGCGAAUGGUAAACUUUGUGCGUGCAUUGAGCUGGCGCGCAGUUGUUCUUUUCAAUGGGCGUUUUGUUUCAUGAGCGCGGCAGUAUUCUGUUCUCGAUUUUGAAGGGAAGACGCUUACUCGCGUACUCGUUGAUAGUUUUUAUCCAUGCGAUGUUUUCGCUGCUCGACAACGAUGUUAUUCAUCGCGUAUAGAAGUAGAACGCAGGCAGAGCACGGGAUCAGCCGUGUCCAAGUUUUUAACCAGCGCGUUCUUGACGGUCCAAGCAAGCAAUGUUAGUAACAAUGGGUCGAGGUAAACGUUGUACCGAUUAUCAGCGCCAUAUGUAAAAGCGAAUGGCUGCUGCUGGCAUUAAGCGCAAAAGGAUCGAGUUCGUAAUGGAACGAUCGCGCACUUUUGUGGCAAACGCGCUUCGGACAACCGAAACGUGCUUAGACAACUGAAACGCGCUUGGACAACCGAAACGCGCAAGUCAACCGGACGUCCUCAGAAGACCACGGCGAAAGAAGACCGUAACAUUGUUAAUAUAUCGAAAACACACUGAUCGCGAGGGCGGUGGUCCUGCUUAUCACACCAAAAACCUAACCCAAAGCACAAAAAAGCUACUUACAAAUCUAUCCGAAACGACCUACUUGUGAAACAAACACACACAUCAAUACACAUUCAAACAUACAUCCACACACACACACACACAUGCACACACACAUACACACACACACAUAAACACACAUACACACACACACAAACACAAACACAUACAAACCACUCAUAAACUUGGCCCAACGGGUGCACGGUGCGUUAAAAACCCAAUGCCCUAUCUUUCUGUCCGAUACUGUAGCACUGUUCAAUAAUGCAGUGGAAAAGGGGAGCAGGCAACCCGUCCGCACAUCGUUGUUUUGGGCAAAAAAAGGGAAAAUCUUGCUUCAAAAAACUUUACCCAUGGAAAAUGAUUUUCUCGUCUCCGACGUGAAUCCUUCUUUCGAAACUAAACUUUUUUAAACUCCUUUUCCCCAUCCAUCAUCGUCCUAGGCAACACAUUGCUUCACACACUGACGGACGAAUGCCGUUUUUGCUUGCUUGAUCCACACACACACACACACACACAUGUGUUGCUGCUCCGAACUUCCGCAGAAGUUCCUCAGUUCUCAUGAGUCACGUGCUGCCGCCGUCGAUUUACACACGCUUCAUUAUUAUUGCAUUUGAAGUGAUUUUCCGCCUUUCCCUCCAAAGUUUUUUGCUUUUUCCCCCUUUUUCGCCCUUUCAAUCGGGCCAGAUCGAACCGCUAUCGACAUAUCUCCCUCUCUCUCUCUCUCUCGCGUCCCGGAAGUCGACGUUUCGUCAAUGUAUGUAUCCUUAUGCGUUAUUAUUGAAACCUGUCCAAUUUACACGAGGGGUUGUUGGAGAAGGUUUAUGCAUUUUUGUUUUGUCACCGCUGCCAGCUACUGUUAAUGACGGCAUCAGGCCCAAUCCCCGUCUAGGGCGUUUGUGUAUGUUUGUUGUAUCCUUUUUUCGAUGAAAGGGAUAAUGCGGCACACGUGUGGUGGUGGUGGUUACUCGAGGGUACUUAUUCAAUGUUGUUCCUAUUCUGGCGUCACGUUUAACAGCUGGCAUUUGAUUCGGUUUGGUGCGCUUUUUUGGAGCAAUCUUUAUCUGUGUAUCUAUUUUCGUACCCAAAACAAUCGAGCCCCGGAGGUUAAAUAGAGCACGAGCGAGUCAUUAAGCGAACGCUAAUGUGAUGGCAUUUUGUGAUUCGAUAUCCUGUAUCUACGGUUCGGGUUCUAAUGACCGAUGCCUAUCGGGCAAUUAAGGCGCGAAAGGAUCGUAAUCAGGAAUGUACGAUCGUACGGAAAAUAUGGCACCAAAUGAACAGGUUUAUAGGACAUUGGAGGCUUCGGACAUUGGACAUUGGAGAUAUUAUUUCAAUAACAAUAUCACUAGACACUUAUGGAGAACAUGAAUUCCUAUUUGACACGGGUUUCAUACUUCCACAGUUGCACUCUUCGCAAAGUUGCACUAAAUCUUAACAACACCAACCCAGAACAUUACUUGAAGAUUCCAACUUUCCAUUUGAACGUCUUUACCAGAUGUUGCUCUUACCUUUUUACGAUCCAUGUUGUACUGAUAGGCAUGUUUUCCAUCCCUCGUUCAGGCUACUCCCGCCAGCCAGUGUGUCAUCUCCAUGAACGACAACAUCGUCGGUGGUGGCGGAGCAGGCGGUGGCAAGGUGUCAACCGGUGGGCCCGGUGCUCUGUGCAAGGUUUGCGGCGAUCGGGCCUCGGGCAAACACUACGGUGUGCCGUCCUGCGAUGGUUGCCGUGGUUUCUUCAAGCGCAGCAUCCGCAGAAAUCUCGAGUACGUGUGCAAAGAGGGCGGCAAGUGUGUGGUGGACGUUUCGCGACGCAACCAAUGCCAGGCGUGCCGAUUUGCCAAGUGUCUGCAGGCCAACAUGCGCCGAGAAGCCGUCCAACAUGAGCGAGCACCCCGGAACUGUACUCCGCUGACUGCGACCGUAAGUGGUCUCUCCGCACAUGGCGAUUACUACGCAGCCCGGACGUCCUUCGCCGCCCUGCCCCAGGCCAACCUAUUCUUCCCACUUCCACUGCAUAUCACAGCGGCAGCGGCUUCCGGACCAUUUGCGCCCAUCGCCGAUCCGGGCCGUUUUCUCUCGCCAUACGCGGCCCAGUCGCUCGCAGCUGCCGCGGCCAACUCCACCAGCUUUGAUCACUUUCCACCGCCAAUACCACCACCACCACCACCACCGGCACCAGCCACGACACGGAGGACUUCUCCGACGGCUUUUCAACCCACGUCCACGGGCUUAGCGCCGGGUUCGGGACUGGUGCAAGUGCCAGUGCCUCUGCCAGCUUCGACGGCGGUCUCUAAAGCGAACCUGGUGAGCGAGGGAAGCCAGAUGACCACCACGAUCACGGAAUCCAUGUUCAACAGCAUCACGGGAGACUCGCUGGUUCUUCCGGCACCGCCACCAAUCCACUCGAUCAGUUCGAUCCUAAGUCUCAGCUCGGCGAAGGAGAACGAAGUCAGCAGCACGGGUGAGGAAAGUCCUCCCCGUGGCUCGAGUGGCCAGCAGCAGCAGCAGCAGCAGCAGCAGCAACAGCAGUACCAUCAUUCGGUAUUGUUUGGCCAACCAGGCAGUAUCACCGGUUCGAUGCACGCCGUCAAGAGCGAAACAGACAUGCUGCUAGAGUCUGCCGCCAAGCUGCUCUUUCUGGCAGUGAAGUGGGCGAAAACGGUGCCCUCGUUCCUGCAGCUGCCCGCCAACGAUCAAAAGCUGCUGCUAGAGGAGGCAUGGGCCGAACUGUUCGUUAUCACUGCCGCACAGUGGGGAUUGCCGAUCGACAAUGAAUUCAUUGCGCGGAAUCCACAGGCCGUGAAGCUGCAGAGCGCCAUCCAGCAGUUUGGCAUCGCACGGGUGGACUAUCGCGAGGCGGCCUGCCUGAAAGCGCUGGUACUGUUCCGACCGGAUCAACCCCGACUAUACGCUGCGCACGAGGUUUUGCUGCUUCAAGACCAAACCGUUGCACUGCUGCACGAAAAGUGUGGCGGCGUCAGGUUGGGCCAUCUGCUGCUACUUCUGCCGGCCAUUAAGGCCGCGGCCAAUGCGAAGGUACUGCAGGAGAUGCUGUUUCGCAAAACGGUCGGUGAAGUGGCGAUCGAGCGUCUGCUGCUGGAUCUCAUGAAAACAUAACGCAUGGUGCGUUAGUUUACUCUUAAAUGUAGCAUUUAGCGGAUGUAGUGCCGGUAUGGGUCGAAUAGAAAAUGUCGUAGAAUUAGCGCCCUUUCGUGUUAGAUGGAGUUGUAUUAGUGUGUUCCUUAGAAAUAAAGUAAGUGACCGUGUACAGAACUUCAAAAGUGCAGUUCAUGUGUAUGAAAACAGGAAAUAAAACCCUAAUCAAAUACUAUCUAAAUCUUACUCACUGUUUUCUGCUUUUCGUCUAGUCUCUUCGUCCGC